UUCGCGUUCGUCGCUCGCCGAGUCCACACGUGCUGCUGCUGCUAACGGUCGUGAUCGGUGAUCGUGAUCCGUGAUCCCAUGCCCAGUGUGCUGUCCAGUCCCGCCUACAACAAAUGUUGUUAAAAUAAAUCAAUUUCAAAUAAAAUAUAAAAUCAAAUAAGUAACACCACCCGAAGUGCUUACAAGUGUUAGUGCAAUUUUUUUUAUUGUUCUUGUUGUUGCCACUGCCUGUUACCGUUACUUGCUUAAGCUUAGCAAGAUACCGAGAAAGAACGAGAAGAGAGUUGAGAAGAAACGUCCCCGCGAAAGCCGGGAUUUCACAAAAGCACGGAAAUAUAAGGAGUCCAGAGCAGCUGUAACACACUCAGCUGUGUCCUUGACCUUCGGAAAGAUUGCACUUUAUCGAUCCGAUCGCCACGCCCACAGCGCCAACAUGUGGAGCCCACAAAAAGGCCCUACACGACUGUGGGACCUUAGAUUUAGUAGCUGUAUAUUUAUCUUACACUUAAUGUUUAGUUUAGUCAUAGCUGGUAAUGAACUGUGGCCCAUGGAACGGCCAGACGGAAUGCCCAAUAUCGUCUCACUGGAGGUGAUGUGCGGCAAGGAUCACAUGGAUGUACAUCUCACCUUUUCGCACCCGUUCGAGGGCAUUGUCAGCUCCAAAGGACAACACAGCGAUCCGCGUUGCGUUUACGUGCCGCCCUCCACGGGCAAAACGUUCUUCUCCUUCCGCAUCUCGUACUCCCGCUGCGGCACCAAGCCGGAUCUCAACGGACAGUUCUACGAGAAUACGGUGGUGGUUCAGUACGACAAGGAUCUGCUGGAAGUCUGGGACGAGGCCAAGCGAUUGCGAUGCGAGUGGUUCAAUGACUACGAGAAGACCGCCUCCAAGCCACCGAUGGUCAUUGCCGAUCUCGAUGUUAUCCAGCUGGAUUUCCGAGGUGACAAUGUGGACUGCUGGAUGGAGAUUCAGCAUGGCAAGGGACCCUGGGCGCCGCCAGUAAGUGGUAUUGUACCACUCGGCUCAACUUUGACCCUGGUAGUGGCCAUCAAUGAUUAUCGAGGCGAAUUCGACAUGCGUGUGAAAUCCUGCGUGGCCUCCGAUGGAUCUGGUCAUGUGAUCAACCUGUCCGAUGAAUUUGGCUGCGUGCUGCGACCCAAGAUGAUCUCACGCUUCUUGAAGGCACGUGCGCCCGACGAGAGGGCCACCGUGAUCACCUAUGCCUUCUUCCAUGCCUUCAAGUUCCCGGAUGCCCUCAGUGUGCACAUCAAGUGCAAGGUGGAGAUUUGCCGCCACGGCUGCCUCGAUCAUUGCCAGAACACGGGCGUGGGCGGUGGUGGCGGUGGAUCCGGCGAGAGCCUGGGAUUGGGUCUCGGCCUGGGACUGACCAAUGCCAAUGAGCGCAAGGAUGUGCACAUGUCGGAUGCCAUGGGCAGUAGCAGCAACGAUCUGCUCAGGGAUCUGGCACUGCCGCCGGGCGGUCAACACGGCAUGGGCAUGGGAAUGGGUCCAGAUCACGACAUCUUCUACGAGGACAUCAUUCACGAUCACAAGCAAACGCUGGGCGGCGGAGGAAUGCCAGCUGGCGGAGAUUAUGGCCACGAAAAGAGUGUUAAUCUGCAGCCACGACCCGUGCACGAGGAACAGGAGGAGGCGGAUCUCUCUGAUCUGUUUGGCGAUGAGGAUCUUGCCGACUUGGACAUGGAAGGCGGCGAGGGCGAGCGGUACUUGGGCCUGAAGAAGAGCGGCAAGUUCCCACACGGUCCACGGCAGCUGGAGGCCCAGAAACGUAUGGGUGUACCGAUGGCGGGACCCCGUUCCCUGGAGCCACACGGUCAUGGCGAUGAGGACGUGCCACGACCCGUUUACAGACCACAGGCGGAGGCGUUGAAGCAGCCACGCGAGGAUCACAUCGAUUUGGACAAGGAGGAGGAUGAGAAGGAGAAGGAGAAGGAACAGAAAACGCAGCAGGAGGACAAGCUGACAGGAGAAGCAGGUGCAGCAGCCAGCAAUGAUUCCUCCAAGAGCCGUCGCCGUCGUUCGUUGGUCAUUUCCGAUCGCAAGGUGCGCAGUGCCGACGUGGGCGUCAGCGGUCUGUACGAUGUUAUAUCCGAGGCGGAUCUGGCCUUCUCGCCGGACUCCAAACAGGAGGCGGUCACCGUGUUCCAGGGCAAGAUUAGCGAGGAGGUCGUCUACGGCAUUUGUAUGCCAGUGCCCGGCUUCAGCAUUCUCUUCAUCGUUGUCAUCUCGGCCACGAUCGUGUCCGCUCUGGUGGCCGGAUCCCUGCUAUAUCGCUAUCAGCUGCAAAAGGAGGCGCUGGAGAAGCAGACGCCCAUGCCGGUGACCGGAACACUGGCCUCCUGGAUGACCCUGCGACUCUUCCGCCUGCGACACAUGCAACAGCAGCAGCAACAACAGCAGCAGCAGCAACAAGUGAGGCAGCCGAGUUCAGGUCACGAAACGGUGCAGUGAUCAUCAUUCGGCAUCAAGAUAUAGAUCGCAAUCAGAAUCAUAAUCAGAACCAUAAUCAGAAUCGGAAUAGCAAUCGAAAGCGAAUUCAAAAUCGAAAUGGAAACCAGCAGAAAGCGAAAUCAAAUCACGUUGCCCACAUCUACGCCUUCCAUUAUUAUUUAUUUAUUAUGAUUAUUGUUUUUUUUUUAAACGUAUUAUUGGGUUGUUUGUUCGGGAUCCUGAUCCAAACGAAAAGAGAUACACAUGGUGCAGAUAUCAGAUAUCAGAGAUCGGGCAACAAUGCAAUACUCAAACUGCUCGAUUCGGUGCUGAAUGUUUUAAAAGUUUUUUUUUUGCAAUUUGUUUUUUGGUUGCAUUUAGUCGUUAAAUUGCGUAGAGGAAAUCAUAGAAAAAUAAUGGAAGAGUACGCAAAGAGAGAGAGAGAUGCACAAACAAAAUGAAAUGAAGACUCCGGAAAGGUGCUCCGUGCUUAAGGAGACGGAUGUUAUGCAACGCAUCCACUAGGCGUAAGGGAACUUAUUUAUUUAUACAUAUAUCUAUAAAGUAUACAUACGAGAUUUAGCUGUAAGUCGUGUGGUAUGGAAAUUUUUAAUUUUAUUUUGCUUUCGGACACUUGUUUUGUUUUUUUGUUGUGUGCUCUUUUCAACCGGCAUCCAAAACAUAAUUAGGGGAAUUUUAGUUAAAUUUUAGUACAUUCUCACUCUCACUCACACACACACUCAUAAAAGCACAGACUUACUGACGCACACAUACAAACCGACUACCAUUUUCCAUUGAAAGUAUGAAGAAAAGCAAAUGCAACUCCUUGCAUGCAUAUCAAAAUUUAAAGUUAAGUGCAAAUUUUAUAACUGCAAAAUUGACAAUUGAAUAAAGACUAGUUAAGAUGAAAAUUAAAUAA